AAGAAAAUCAGGAGGGAGUAUUAAGUAAAAAAAGAAACAAUACCGGAAUCCAGAUAGAAUUAUAAAAAGUCGGAGUAGCUGCUGUUUGGCAUUCAGUCUUGUCUUUUACAACCAAAUCGAACACAUCAAGUAUGAAUUUCUUCAAGGUUAGUUUAGUUGGUUUGGCUUUAAUUGCCUAUUGUCUUGCUGCCGAUGAUGUCAAAACUGAAAAUAAACCUGGUAACAAAAGGAGUGCGCCUUACUCUGGAUUAGGAUCAUCUUCUAGUCUAUCAGGAUAUGGUGCUGGACUUCCUUCAAGUUCAUUGGGUCUUUCCUCUGGAUAUAGUUCUUCCCUUGGGCAUGGCUCUUCUCUCGGAUAUGGUUCUGGACUUCCUUCAAGUACAUUAGGACUUUCCUCUGGAUACAGUUCUUCCCUUGGGUAUGGCUCUUCUCUCGGAUAUGGCUCUUCUCUCGGAUAUGGCUCUUCUCUCGGAUAUGGCUCUUCUCUAGGAUAUGGUUUGGGAAGUUCCUCAUUAGGAUAUGGAAUUGGUUCAUCACUCGGCUAUGGGUUAGGAUCUUCAGCUGGAUACGGUUAUGCUGCCCCAGUAGCUAGUUAUGCUGGCUCUUCAGUCGGUUACUCUUCAGCUGUGCCAACUAGAAUAAGUACAUCUAACACUGUAGUACCCGUUUCAGUACCCCAACCUUACGCUGUACCAGUUACUCGUCACGUACCUGUCUCUGUACCUCAACCAAUUCCAGUGUCUGUACCCAGAGCAGUUCCAGUAAGCGUACCCCAUCCAGUACCCGUUACAGUAAACCGACCUUAUCCAGUAGAAGUACUCCGCAGUGUCCCAGUUAGUGUGCCACAUCCAGUACCAUAUAACGUAAAUCGUGCUGUACCAUACCCAAUACCACAACCAUACCCAAUUGAAAUCAGACAAGCUGUACCUUAUUCAGUGCCCACUCCAAUUGCCGUAGCUUCACCUUCUUAUGCAUCACCAACAUACGGAACAUCUGCACCAAUUUACGCUGGAUCAGCCCAAGCUCUUCCAGCAUACGCUGCUUCCGCGCCAGCCCUUUCAACAUAUGCCGCUUCCGGACCAGCUCUCUCAGCUUAUGCAGUCUCUGCACCAGGUAUCACUGCACAAACAUAUGGAUCAGAAUCUUAUUCCGCCCCAGCUAUCUCUUCAGAAUCCUACAACUCUCCAGCAAUCGCUUCUGAAACAUUAUCCUCAGGAUCUUAUUCUUCUUCUUUGAGUUCUCCAUCAUACUCUUCCUCAUCAUUAGGUUCUUCUUCUUAUUCUUAUUCAUCUCCAUCAUCUUCGUCUUACUCUUCACCAUCUUUAUCAUACACGCCAUCUUCUUCAGAUUCAACCGAAUACUCCAGCUCUUCUUCUGGUAAUUAUAAUUCAGGAUCCAGCAGUGCUUAUAAAACACCUAUUAGUGGAUCAACUUAUGGACCACCAUCAUCAGCUAGCUACUCCAGUGGAAAUAACUACAAAAAUAACUAUUAAAAAUUGAAGUAUGUAAUUUAAAUAGCUAGAUUUAUGAUGUUUCUAUGUUAGUGAAUUUAUUAUAAUUAUUAUAUUUUAGAGAAAACAAUUGUUUUUGUUAUAAUUGAAUAUUAUUUUUAAGUCUUUUGCUCAAAAUAUCUGUUUGAUAUGAUUUGAAUAAUAUAAUAUGCGACUGAAAUUAUUAUUAUUAAAAGUAUCCUAAUUUUUUUAUAAUCAAUAUUGGGAUAUUUAUAAGAUUAAACAAAUAUAAUAAUGUUAUUAUAUUUAA